AGAUUUUGUAGCCCUAGCAAUCUCCCCUCCUCCAAGUCUCCUAUCUGUAAAAAAAUUUCCUUGUUUAAUCCCAUUCAAACCCAGAUAAAUACCUCCGCUUCAGUUCUUGGAGAAAAGAAAGAUACUUUUUCUCGACUUUUGAUGGCCAGCAGAAAGCUUGUCCGAGAUUUCUUGCUCUCCAACCGCUUCUUUAAUCGUCAGAUAUUGAUAUCUCAACAGGUUUCGAAUUCAAGUACGAGAUUAAGAUUGCUUCAGGCAAAUGGGUACUUGGGUAAUCGCCAAUUUAGUGUCUUUAAUGAGUUUUCUAAACAAGUUAAAGGCGAAGCUAACAGAAACCAGGAAUUCCAGCAAUCAGUCAAGGAAUUGAAGGAGAAAGCAGAGGAGCUAAAAGGGGUCACAGAAGAUUUGAAAGUUAGAACAAAGCAAACAACUGAGAAGCUUUACAAGCAAGUGGAUGGGGUAUGGACGGAGGCUGAAGCUACAGCAAAGAAGGUUUCUGCCAAUCUGAAAGAGAAAAUUUCUGCGGCCACGGAGGAGGCCAAAGACACUUUUCGAUCUGGGAAGCAAGAAUCCUCUGAAUUUAAUGCCACUGCAGCGGAAGACGGAGCUGGUGUGAAAAGCGGAAGCCAGGCCGAGUCUGAAGACAAUAAGCAGCAACAACCAGGCACUAGUGAUGCUGCAGAUACAUUUUUUCGGAAGUUCAAGUCUAGUGUUUCUUCUGUUUCUCCUAAAGUUUCCCUGGCCUUCCAAAAACUGAAGGAGGCGAAGCCCAUGGACUUGGCAAAGAAGGGAUACGACGUUGUAAAGGAUGAAUUGAGGGGUAACCCAAGUAAGAGAAAGCACCUUGAGUAUGCAGUUUCAACUGGGGAAAGAAGUUCAAGGACAGAUGUUGCUGUCGUAGCUUCAAAGCAGUCUAGGUUGAGUAAAAUGUGGGAAGCAUUCAAAGAGAAGGCAAAGAAGAAGAUGCAAGGUCAUCCUAUUUCCAAGCGCGUCAGUGGGUAUAGCGAGCCCAUGGUGACAAAGGGUCAGGAGUUUGUAGAAGACAUACGAGACAGAUGGGAGACCACUGAUAAUCCAGUCGUUCAUAAAAUUCAGGGAGCCACUGAAACUGUCUUUGGAGAAACAGCUACUGCUGUUUCAUUGAAGGAAAUACGUCGCCGUGAUCCGUCUUUCUCUUUACAAGAUUUCGUGGCUGAGGUUCAGGAAGUGGUUAGACCAGUACUUAUUGCUUAUUAUAAGAGAGAUUUUGAAGUUCUGAAGAAAUAUUGCUGCACUGAAGUGAUUGAGCGGUGUAAAGCAGAGAAGAAGGCUUUUGAAACCCAGGGUUUCUUUUUUGAAAACAAGAUUCUUCACAUAUCUGAGGUUGAACAUAGAGAGACCAAAAUGAUGGGGAACAGUCCCAUCAUCAUUGUUGGGUUCCAAACACAGCAGAUCCAUUGUGUACGCGAUAGACAUGGUACCAUAACAGAAGGGGGCAAGGAUACAAUCCACACUGUAUACUAUUUAUGGGCAAUGCAACUAGAAGAUGUGGAAGAACUCGGAGAAGGCGCUAUCUUUCCCAUAUGGAGGCUGAGAGAAAUGCAACGAAUGGGCUUGCAGGCCCUUAUUUAAUUCUGUGCUUCUCUUAAUUAUCUUAUCCAAUAGAUUUUCCUUGAGUAUUCUCUGGGGUUUUCUCAUUGCCAGGGAAAAGCUGUAUAUCCAAUUUUUUGGUUGAUCACAUGUAGUUGGAUAUUAUGCACAUCCAUUAAGUGGUCGGUUCUGUUGAUGUAUAAGCAAGCUUUGGGCAAUCCUCAGUACUUUUCUUGCUCCUUGUUUUGAGAUAAAUACAACUCUCUCUCUCUCUCUC